GCAGCGCGCGCCUCCUCUCCCCCUCCCAGAGCAGCAGAGGCAGCAGCAGAAGCCGCAGCUCCCGCCAGCCCCUCCCGCCAUCGCCAUUCCUCGCCCGCCCGGCUCUCUCCUUCCCUCCCUCCCCGGGGCCCCCUUCGCCUCCGGAUCGUUCCUUCCUCCCCAUUCCUCCCUUGUUUUUCCUCCCCCUAUCCUCCCUUCCCCGGUCUCCAUCCCCGCUCGGUCCUCUCCCCUCCUUGCGGCGGUCACAUCUCGUCCUGUGUGAAGUCUUGUCUUAUCCUGUGACCAAAGACUACCUUGUACAUCUGACUUGCGCUGAUCUAACAGAACUAGUUUCACCAUGGACACCGGUGUUAUUGAAGGAGGCCUGAAUGUUACCCUCACCAUCAGACUUCUGAUGCAUGGCAAGGAAGUUGGUAGCAUCAUUGGAAAGAAAGGAGAGUCUGUUAAAAAGAUGCGUGAAGAGAGUGGGGCUCGUAUUAACAUCUCAGAAGGCAAUUGCCCAGAAAGAAUUAUCACCUUGGCCGGUCCAACAAAUGCCAUCUUCAAAGCCUUCUCAAUGAUAAUUGACAAACUGGAAGAGGAUAUAAGCAGUUCAAUGACAAACAGCACGGCCUCCAGCAAACCACCAGUUACACUGCGCCUGGUGGUACCUGCAAGCCAGUGUGGAUCGCUGAUUGGAAAAGGAGGUUGUAAAAUAAAGGAAAUCAGAGAGAGUACAGGAGCACAGGUCCAGGUUGCAGGGGAUAUGCUGCCGAACUCCACAGAACGUGCAAUCACUAUUGCCGGAAUCCCUCAGUCCAUCAUAGAAUGUGUCAAGCAGAUCUGUGUGGUAAUGCUGGAGUCUCCCCCAAAGGGGGUCACCAUCCCAUAUCGGCCCAAACCCUCCAGUUCUCCGGUGAUUUUCGCAGGCGGGCAGGUGUCGCGCCAGGCCGGAGGGCACGCAUGUGAGACUGACCUGUGGGAGGGGCGAAGGUCCCACACAGGGGGAGUCUCCCUAGAUGCUGUGGAUCUCCAUGGGGCCUAUACCAUUCAAGGACAGUAUGCCAUUCCUCAGCCUGAUCUGACCAAGUUACACCAACUGGCAAUGCAGCAAUCUCACUUCCCUAUGUCCCAUAGCGGCAACACCGGAUUCAGUGGAGGCAUUGAUGCUUCAGCUCAGACAACUUCCCAUGAACUCACCAUUCCAAACGAUCUGAUCGGUUGUAUCAUUGGACGUCAAGGCGCUAAAAUAAAUGAGAUUCGCCAAAUGUCUGGAGCACAGAUUAAGAUUGCUAACCCCGUUGAAGGUUCCACUGAUCGUCAGGUUACAAUUACUGGGUCCACAGCCAGCAUCAGUUUGGCCCAGUACCUAAUCAAUGUCAGUCUAGAAACUGCUAAACCUUCCUCCUCCCAGAGCGUCACGACCCCUGACCUUCUCAGCAUCUCUCAAUCCUCCACCCCUUCCUCUUCCAACGCUGCCCCUCCUCUGGUGAACGCCUCCACGGCCGGGGGUGGUGAACCUUCCUCAGCCUCCAACUCCUCUUCCUCGGAACCACCUUCCAGCCUCCCUAAUCCCUCGACUGCCCCUUGUGUCUCCAAUCUGCUUGACAUGAAACCCGUCCCGCUCCUGGCUCUAAAUGUCGUGUCCACCGCCUCCUCUACCUCAUCCUCUGCUGUUCCUGCCUCUGCUACCCAGCUGUAUACUAAAGUGAAACCGGAAAAGCAGCGAUUCUCUCCUUAUUGAGUAGCCUGUUUGACUAGUUCAAACUCUCGAACGCCUACAAAUCCAUUUUUAUUUGAUUGAAAUUUGACUGUGUAUUAAUUCUGCUGCAUUGAAGUCCCCAGUAUGCUACACACAGGUGUUACUGCCUAGAUGGUGGUUAGU